UGUGUGAUUUUCCGGUCUCCGUCGCUCUCUAGCGUCCCAGACUGAAAACUUUCCGACCGAAAUGUUUCCGGCUCCGCCGGAAGUUGGGGACCUUUCCGCAUGCGGUUGACGUCACCUCACAGUCGUGAACAUGGCGUCCGUGACAACAGCCACCUCAGAGUGGAUUCAGUUUUUUAAGGAUGCGGGGAUCCCAGCUGGUCUGGCUGUCACAUACGCCGUUUCCUUCGUAGACAACAGAAUUCAGAAGAACAUGUUAAUGGACCUCAGUAAAGACAUCAUGAUGGACCUCGGCAUUACUGUAAUUGGGGACAUCAUUGCCAUUCUUAAACAUGCCAAGCAGGUCUACAGGCAGGACAUGUGCAAAAUGGCAACUGAGGCCAUCUCAUCAGGACAGACCAGUGUUCAAGCGGAGCUCAGAAGAACUGCCAACACCCCUGCCACUCGCAUGAUCGCCAACGCUUUGAGCCAUGACUCUCCACCAGCCACGCCAACCCGCCGGCCUGACAACCGCCUCUCCGUCACAGUGUCCAACACGCAAGCAAACAAGAGUAACAAAGCAGUUAUACGCCAACCAGCUGACGAGGGGAACGGUCUGCCUGUAGUGAAGCGUCGCCGCGUAACAGCUGAGAUGGAAGGCAAGUACAUCAUCAACAUGCCCAAGGGCACCACUCCUCGCACACGCCGAAUCCUGGCCCAGCAGGCCAAGAAAGGUUUGAAACGCACGUCUGUGUUUGCGAGACUUGGAGCUGAAUCGAAGGCGGACACGACGACGGGCAGUAACAAGCCGACCGGCGUGUUCAGUCGCCUCGACAGAGGGGAAGAAACUGCAGAUGAGCUGAGAGCUGGAAACGCAGGUGAGAACGAGGACAACAGCGAUGGAGAAGGCUCCGUCCUCCAGUAUGCUGGCGUCCUCAAGAAACCCCCUUCCUUCCAGAAGAAAGAGUCUGCGAUAAAAGCACCUCCCAUCACCUUGCGGCGCCUCGGCGGCAAAUUCAAACUACCUCCCUCUGAUACACCCACCUCGUCCUCCUCACCUUCCCCAAAUGGCCUCCCCCCUGCUAAGAUUAGUGUUCUUCAGAGACUGGGAAAGCCCCCCGCCACACACUCAAACACCGGUGUGUCGCCCACACCCGCUGACACACAGGACAACAGAGUGACCAGCACCAGAUCCCGAGCCCAGGAGAGGACGACCGUAGCAAACUCCAAGGUGAGCAGCAGCACCGGAGGAGCAGGAAUGGGAGGAGAGUCCGCGGGGGCCCAGAUGGACGUUAAAGCUAUCAGUGUUUUCAAGAGACUGGGCAGCAAGAGAACCUAACACACUCACCCUACAACCACCCAAAAAAUACUCUUUCUUUACACUAUUUCUAAAGUUUGUAUCGCCAACUUUUAGGAUUUAUCUUGCUGCAAUAUUUUUUGUUUUGUUUAGGCGGGGUGUUUGGAUAAAUGACAAAGAUUAUCAUUUACUUUAAACUCAUUAUUCAUGCUGCCAUUGGAAAAACGUUUACCGUUUAGUGUCCAAACCUAUUAUUUAAGGACUCAUUUGUUAGCUUAAAGCAUGAGCUUGACAUUCGCUACCCCCACCACACCCCACACGAGGAUGCUGCUGCUGCUUACACUCCCGUCUGAGAUUGCCCCUGAAUGAAUAGUGAGGCUGUAGAAAAUGUUGCUUUUCCAAGAAUAAUUAUGUAAGUGUUUUAUUGAUAUUUACCUGAACAUGUAAAAUGUACAGAUAUUUGUUUUGGGUUUUUUAUUAUUUUAUUUUUAAGUUGAAAACACAGGACAGCAGUCAAACUUAGGACUAGUUAGGAGAUGAUAAGUUAAAGUUAAAUCUUCUAACCUUCACCUAAGAAUUACCUCCUUUUCAAAGUAGGAAAAGUGUCAGUAACAAGCUUCUGAACUCAGACCCCGAACUUAUAAGAGGGGAAAGGAAAAAAUUCAAACUAUUACACAGAACAACCUCGAUGAACACUUGAAUCUUUAGAAAGCACCACACCUCCUCCUGCUCUUCUUCUGUGCUUUGUGGAGUAGAAGUUGACACCUUCGAACUAAAGGCACCUUUUCUAUCGUAGUACUGAACAUUUUCUAUAACCACCUACUUGAAAGCCAACUCACUAGAAUAUUUCUUUUGUUUUUAUGCAAUGUAUAGAUUUGUUAGACUUCACACACACAUAUUUUUCUAUGUGGACGUUCUUCUAUCAUGACGUAUCCUUACAAAAGGAACUCAGUGAUGCCAUCAGGCCCGGCUUGAUGUAGUCCACUCAAACCAGUGUUGCUCAUUACUCCUGAUGUACAGUUUUUGUCUGUUGGGCUUCAUGCCAGAGCUUCGUUACAUUGUAAAUAUUUUAAAAUUUUAAGGAUUUUUUUCCCCCUGUGUUUAAAGAAAUAUCUGGAAAACACACCAUGACAUGUCAUGUUUUCUUUUUCAAGGUAUGAAGGAAAAGUGUGCUUGGAAAAAAAAAUUAAAUGAUGAAAAGGUG